AUGUCUCUCCCAGAAAACACGACCGUGCUUAUUGUCGGUGCAGGCCCCGCAGGUCUCACAGCUGCUCUUUCUCUCGUUCACCACAAGUGCUAUGACUUCGUUAUUGUGGAUGCCGCAGCUCAAGGACUAAAUGCAUCGAGGGCGAUCACCAUACACUCUGCAACCAUAGAGGUUUUGGCCAGCAUCGACGCAGUAGAUGGCUUACUGUCUCAAGCCAUCAAGGGGAAGAGCAUUAGAGUCACAUCCCGUGAUUCGGAAAUCUUCGAGGCCAAAUUUGACCCUUUAAAACAACAUUCUGCUCAUCCUUACGCACUCUACAUCCCUCAAAAUGUGACGGAGCUUGUACUUGUACAGAAGUUGCAGAGCCUUGGUAUUCAAGUGCAGCGUCCCCACAAAGUAGUGGGGAUGAAACAAAACGAGAAGGAUUCAGGCAUCACCGAUGUGUUCUUCGAGGACGGUCAAGUUAUUAAAGCUAGAUAUAUUAUCGGCGCAGAUGGCGCCCGCUCAACUAUCCGUACCAUCGCUGGUAUAGGGUUCUCUGACGGAGAAAGCCCACAGCUAGCCGAUAACCCAUUGGCUCAAAUGGUCUCUGCAGACGUCACAUUCGAACCUGAACCUGUCGGCCCAUUCACCCUCGAGGGCUAUUUCAACGGCACAUUUUUUUCAGGCAAUUUCUUUUAUCUUGCACCGUUUGGCAACCACUUCAAUGCCGAGCUCACGCGAGAUGGAAAGCCUACUACAAAAUCCAUCUUUCGCAUAGGUUGUGGCAUACCUCCAAAGAAUGGAGAACCCCCGCAUGCUCCAUCGAAAGAGUACAUCCAGAACUUGAUCGACACGUACGGACCAGCGUGUAUAACAUCAGAUCCGUCUCUUAAUCCAAAACCAGUCAAAGUCGACCAGCUGGUUUGGUCGACACGUUUCAGAACCCGUUGCGCCAUCGCCGACCGUACCUUCACGCGUCUUGGAGCCGCUAUUUUUCUAAUCGGCGACGCAGCUCAUAUACAUUCACCUGCGGGUGGCCAGGGCAUGAAUCUGGCCAUCAGAGACGCGGCCUUCCUUACAGAGGCUAUCACAAAGCACAUUCAGGCGUCUGCAGAGAAUCCCGAUGUGGAUGAUACCAUUUUGCAGGACAUUACCGACGUGCGUCAUGCACGAGCGUUAGAAAUCAUCGGCUAUACCAAGACACUGAUGAAUCUCGCAAGCCUUUCGUACGAACCAUAUGCUUGCUGGAUGCCGUUCAGUCGGGCCUCUAUCCGUGAUCUGAUAUUGAGGAUAUUGAAUGGAUAUGAUUUCGUGCAGUCGAAAGUUGCGUGGGGCCUGAGUGGCCUUGGAAGGCGCUGA